GCAGCGGCGGCGGUCGACCCAGCGCGCCCCGGCCCGGCCUCCCGCGCCCCGCGCCCCGCGCCCCCGAGUACCCGCGCCCCGAGCACCCGCGCCCCGGGCCCGCGCCCCGCCCCGCCGCCCGCCAGGCCCCGCGCCCCGCGCCCCGGCCCGGCCCGGCCCGCCCCGCGCACCCCGCAGGCCACUCGCCGCCCGCGCCGCCAUGGGGGUGGAGGGCUGCACCAAGUGCAUCAAGUACCUGCUCUUCGUCUUCAAUUUCGUCUUCUGGUUGGCUGGAGGCGUGAUCCUGGGUGUGGCCCUGUGGCUGCGCCAUGACCCACAGACCACCAACCUCCUCUAUCUGGAGCUCGGGGACAGGCCUGCACCCAACACCUUCUAUGUAGGCAUCUACAUCCUCAUCGCCGUGGGCGCUGUGAUGAUGUUCGUUGGGUUCCUGGGCUGCUAUGGGGCCAUCCAGGAGUCCCAGUGCCUGCUGGGGACGUUCUUCACCUGCCUCGUCAUCCUGUUUGCCUGUGAAGUAGCUGCCGGCAUCUGGGGCUUUGUCAACAAAGACCAGAUCGCCAAGGAUGUGAAGCAAUUCUACGACCAGGCUCUGCAGCAGGCCGUGGUGGACGACGAAGCCAACAAUGCCAAGGCCGUGGUGAAGACCUUCCAUGAGACGCUCAACUGCUGUGGCUCCAGCACGCUCUCCGCGCUCACCACCUCCAUGCUCAAGAACAGCCUGUGUCCCUCUGGCAGCAACGUCAUUAGCAACUUGUUCAAGGAGGACUGCCACCAGAAGAUCGAUGACCUCUUCUCGGGGAAGCUGUACCUCAUUGGCAUUGCAGCCAUCGUGGUGGCCGUGAUCAUGAUCUUCGAGAUGAUCCUGAGCAUGGUGCUCUGCUGCGGCAUCCGGAACAGCUCCGUGUACUGAGCGGCCCCGGCUGCACCUGCUGCGGGGAGGGCCGCUGGGAACCCUGCAGGGCCCCUAGAGUGACCGGACAUUCUGAGGAGGGGCCGUCAGCGCCUGUGUAUAUAACUUCUCUGGUAUUACUCUGCUACACUUAUUAGCCUUUUUACUUCUGAGGUUUUCUGUCCUGAAGUCCCCCGUUACCUUUUGGGGCUGAAGUCACCUAGAGACGGCGUGUGAGUGGGCCUUGGGGACCGUGAGGCAGGGGCCGCUCUGCUUCUGCAGCUGCUUGGGGGCUCCGCCUGCUUAGUCAGGCCUCUCCCGGGGGCCCGGGGGCCCCGGGGCCCACCCACCUGCCCACGGGCUGCACGGCUCAUGCCUUUUAACCCUCGUUCCUGUCGCCACUUGUCCCGAGCCGGGUCUGCCAGCAGCCUUCACCUUCAGUGCACCUGUCCUCUCUAACUCGUCACCUUCAGCUGUAAUUACAUCUUCAAAGUCAUUCAAUAAAGAAGGAAAAACCGGGCAUGCUAACAAA